AUGAUCAAGGGGUUGUUCUACAGCGAGUUUGACAACGUGGCGGGGCCCGUAAUUCUCUUCCAAGCGCCUUCAAAUGUCCUGAAUAAUGACGUGUUCGACAGCGUGUCUGGCUACAUAAUCAUUGACAAGGCGCUCUGUGGGAAGAUUAUCACGGUCCGUGCGCAGCAGAUGAAGAUCGUGGGAUACCCCGUCUGCAUUGAAGACGACAAGUAUCACCGCAAUGCGCUACUGUUUAACAUUGGUUUUGUAUUCAAUGACCACGUGGAGACGGCACCCUAUCGACCAAUUAUACGGAAGUUGGGAGCCUUAGUUGAGGGAAUGGAAAAAGAAAGUGGCUUCCUGUACGAUCCGAACAAGAAAGAGCUAUUGGGGACAAUCCUGCCCCAAAUUUUGCGCGAUUUGACGCUGCAUGGUGAGUGCACCAUUCCAGUGGACGCAGCAAACAUCAUCAAUUUAAAGCUCUUCCCGACCUUACAAGACCCUCCUUCUGUAUGUGAGUAUCAAGUACCGGUGGCCAUUCGGGAUCUACGAGCUCUUCUUGAAAACAGUGCAGAAUGGGACUUGGCGCUUCAACAGAUUGUGCCUUUCAUUGAUGGUGUUCGGUAUGUCAAGCGCAUCAGUCUUGAGGCAGAUGUGGAAAUUGCGAUCGUCAAGAAAUGUGUCCGGCAGCUUCUGUACUACGGCUGCGUGACGCUCAUUGACAUCUUUCUUCACUCAAAUAGUUAUGCGAACACGCCAAAAAUCGCCGUGCUAGCAAAUGACCCCAGGCUGCAAGCUGAGUGCGCCGUUUACAUCGCCAGAUCGGGGUCCGCGCCGCCAUCAUUCGCGCGGAUCUUUGCGUUAUACUGUUCCGUCCAGCCUAGCUUGCGCAUGAGUGACUUUUCUGUCGUGUAUUCCGAGUCACUCGCUCUCAUCGAUGCGCGACGUUUCGUCACCUUCGGCCUCAUCCAUGGAUUCCUGAGACGCGUGCAUCGCUACCCUAUCUAUGUCGAUCACGGCUCCAGCCCUCAGCAACAGAAGCAGCAAGGCCAGCAAACGCUGCAACAAAACCAGCAACAGCAGCAGAAGGGUCGAUCAUUUGGAUUAUCGUCGGCCUCGCCACUGCUGUCGGGAAUGAAUCCUAUCGGUGCUGCACCUUUGGCGGUUCAGCCUAAUGGGGCGCCUAACGCAUCGAACGCGAACAUUAUAAGUGGCAGCUCCGGCGCAACAGGAGGCAAUGUGGCUUCCAUGUCGUCUUCGAAGAGAGCCAUGGUCUCGAAGGCCAAUCAGUUGGAGAAAGACUUGCUCCGGAUGAUGGAUGGCAGCCACCAUACGGACGAUAUCUGCACCAAGUUUUUGCUGCGCUACGCCGAUGUAGAGUCUACCAUUCAGAUGAAUCCUAGUUGCUGCGCAGUGCACAAGUAA